AUGGAUCGCCAGGCAGAAAUCGCAAAGAAGCGCGCCAAGCUUCAAGAGCUCAAGAGAGCCAGGGAGUUACGGCAACAGGAAUCAAAAAGUGGCAGUUCUGGUGAUCUCCAUGCCCCGACACCUGGUAAAGAAAGACGGGACAUCGAGUCCAUCAUCAGUUCUCUGGUCGGCGAAGGAAGACCAUUGUCUACUGGAACAUCCUCGCCGAUACAUCGAGGCAGCCGCCCAACCAGCGUCUUGAGUGCUGGAGAGCUGAGCAACGAGAACUCGGAUGUUGCCUCGCAAACACCCGGUCAAGUAGCGGCGCCUUCACAGCCACAGGUCCUAUCCACCGUCUCUUUGCAGACCGUCUACGAAUACCCACCGUCGCCUGUCAAAGAAAUCAUUUUCCAUAGCGCCGGAGCGCAAACGACAGAGGAAUGGACAUCGCCCACGUCAAGGAGGUCUCGGGCCUACUCGGACAUUCCAGAUGAGGAUGAUAUUCCUGAUCUUCAAACCACUCCGACAAAGAGAAGAAGCAGAAAGGAACGUGAAACUCAAGAGGAGAUUCGGGAGAGGCUUAGGAAAGAGAUCGAGGAGGAUAUGCAAAGGGAGGCACAGGAACUUCGCGAUCUCCAUGGCGGCAAAUUUGGUGGCUCGGUCGCCACGUCCAACUUUCCCGCUCGAACUCUCAACGAGGAAGAGCUUCAGGCGGCUACGGGCUCAGAUGAGUUCAUGGACUUUGUGGAGAGAACGACCAAGAUUAUGGAAAGGGCCUUGGAUGAGGAAUACGACAUCUUGACCGACUAUACCCUUCAAGCACAGAAUAUCGAUGAUGAGGAGGAACAGGGAGGAAAUUCGGCAGGUAAAGGCCGGCGCAGGAUCAAGGAAACCCACCAGUUCUUCGAUGAGAGGUGGUCCAAGAAGCGUAUGGUGACCAGCAUCGACUUUCAUCCCAACCCCAAGUUCUCGGAGAUCUUGCUCGCAUCUUAUACCAAGAACCCCGCUGCACCGCACGACCCGGACGGCGUUGUCCUGGUAUGGAAUCCUCAUCUUCACAGUCGACCCGAGUUUGUAUUCCACGCCCAGUCGGAUAUCCUCACGGCCAAAUUCUCCCCCUUCCACCCCAACCUCAUGAUUGGCGGCACCUAUUCUGGUCAGGUUCUUAUUUGGGACAACCGGGCCAAGUCAGCUCCUGUACAAAAAACGCCGCUGACUGGCAGUGGUCACUCGCAUCCCGUCUACUCGGUCGAGAUUGUUGGUACCCAGAAUGCCAACAAUGUCAUUUCAGUCUCAACGGAUGGACAACUCUGCUCUUGGUCGGUCGACAUGCUCUCACAGCCUCAAGAGCAACUCACUCUCACCAACCCCCACCCCAGCAAAUUCGACGAUGUAGCGCCAACUACCAUGGCCUUCCCCUCGGCGGAUCCGACAUAUUUCCUUGUUGGUUCCGAGGAGGGCGUCAUCUACCCGUGUCAUCGUUACGACCGUGCAGGCGCCAAGGCAGGCGUCGAUAGUCGCCUUGCGUACAGGGGUCAUACUGGCCCUGUCAUGUCUGUGGACUUUCACCAGCCUCGCGGACCUGUUGAUCUUGGUGAUCUCGUCUUGUCGUCCUCGCUUGACUGGUCCGUCAAGCUGUGGAAGAUCCGCGCUCCGUCUGGCCCUACGACACUGGUCACGGAGUCUGGUGGCAUUUCAGUGACACCGCUGCUCGAUUUUGUUCGCGAGGAUGUUGUCUACGAUGCUGCAUGGUCUCCCACGCACCCGGGUGUUUUCUCUCUGGUCGACGGAGCUGGCUCGCUCGAAAUUUGGGACCUGAGUGUUGAGACGGAGAUUCCCGUGGCAAAGAUCAGCCCAACUCCUAGGAAGGAAGGCCGCCAACUACUGAGCAAGAGUCUCAACAAGGUGGCAUGGGAGAAGCACGAGGGCAAGAGAUUAGCAACGGGUGGCAUCGAUGCUGCUGUCACGGUGUUUGAGGUCGGCCCCGACUUGGGAGGCAAGGAUACCGCCAAGACAGAGGAGUGGGUGAAUGUCAAGAAAUUGGUGGCCAGGCUAGAGGCGUCCAAUGCAGCAGCGCCCGCAUAA